CUUCUUUCCCAGGAAGCUAUGCCCCAGACAUCUGUGGUCUUCUCCAGCAUCCUUGGGCCCAACUGUAACAGACAGGUGCAGCCCGGCAUGGGGGAAAGAGGAGGUGGGGCCAGCAGUGGCUCCAGGGACCUCAUUUUCCAAGAUGGACGCCUCACUUCUGGAUCCUUGGAGGCCCUGAUGGAGCACCUGGUCCCAACGGUGGACUAUUAUCCUGAUAGGACAUACAUCUUCACAUUUCUCCUGAGUUCUCGAGUCUUCAUGCCCCCUCAUGACCUCCUGGCUCGAGUAGGGCAGAUCUGCCUGGAGCAGAGGCAACAGCUAGAGGCUGGGCCUGAGAAGGCCAAGCUGAAGUCCUUCUCUACCAAGAUUGUACAGCUGCUGAAGGAGUGGACAGAGGCCUUCCCUUACGACUUCCAGGAUGAAAAGGCCAUGGCUGAGCUGAAGGCCAUCGCACACCGUGUCACUCAGUGUGAUGAGCCCUCCAGCACCUUGAUGAAGCCCUCACCCCCACAGGAGAACGGCACAGUGAAGAAAGCCAUUGCCCAAAUGAUACAAAGCUUGCUGCUGUCCCUGGCUGCCCGAAGCCAGCUCCAGGAGCUUCGAGAGAAGCUCCGGUCACCAGUUGUGGACAAAGGGCCUAUCCUUAAGGCCAAGCCACCAGCCGCCCAGAAAGACAUCCUGGGUGUGUGCAGUGACCCCUUGGUGCUGGCCCAGCAGCUGACGCACGUCGAACUGGAGAGGGUCAGCAGCAUCCGUCCUGAGGACCUGAUGCAGAUCAUCAGCCACAUGGACUCCUUGGACAAUCACAGGUGCCGAGGAGACAUGACUAAGACCUACAGUCUAGAGGCCUAUGACAACUGGUUCAACUGCUUGAGCAUGCUGGUGGCUACAGAGGUAUGCCGGGUGGUAAAGAAGAAACACCGGACCCGCAUGCUGGAGUUCUUCAUUGAUGUGGCCCGAGAAUGCUUCAACAUCGGCAACUUCAACUCCAUGAUGGCCAUCAUAUCUGGCAUGAACCUCAGUCCAGUGGCACGGCUGAAGAAAACCUGGUCCAAAGUCAAGACAGCCAAGUUUGAUGUCUUGGAGCAUCACAUGGACCCCUCCAGCAACUUCUGCAACUACCGCACAGCCCUGCAGGGGGCGACACAGAGGUCCCAGACAGCCAACAGCAGUCGGGAGAAGAUUGUCAUCCCCGUGUUCAACCUCUUUGUGAAGGACAUCUACUUUCUGCACAAAAUCCACACCAACCACCUGCCCGAUGGGCAUAUUAACUUCAAAAAAUUUUGGGAAAUUUCCAGACAGAUCCAUGAGUUUAUGACAUGGACACAGGUAGAGUGUCCCUUCGAGAAGGACAAGAAGAUUCAGAGUUACCUGCUCACGGCACCCAUCUACAGCGAGGAAGCUCUCUUCAUCGCCUCCUUUGAAAGCGAAGGGCCUGAGAACCACAUGGAGAAGGACAGCUGGAAGGCGCUCAGGACCACUCUCCUUAACAGAGCCUAA